AUUGUUAAAAGGAGGUCAGUUAAGGUUUCGUCUAGCAAGGACCAUGACAGCUCCAUUAAGAUCACUUGCUGAAGAUUAUCCAAGAUACCUCAAAUCAUUUGAACUCUUUCUGGAUCGCUCAUCAGAGCACCAAUGUAUGCAGGACUUCAUCCAUAAUACUCUUCCAGACAUACUGGGAAGCAUUGGUGGAGGACGGCCCGUUUUUAAUGUAAUGGGUGUAGGGAGUGGUACAGGUGAGAAUGAUUUAGAGAUGCUAGCACAGCUACACUUUAAACAUCCACUUGUCAAAGUUAACAAUGAAGUGGUGGAACCGAGCACUGACAUGUUACACAAGUAUAAAGUUCUUGUGUCAAAAACGCCAAAUCUUGAUUAUAUUAACUUCACGUGGAAUAAGAUGACAGCUUCAGAAUUUGAAAAACAUUGGCAGGAGAAAAACCUUGGAAAAAAGAUGGACUUCAUUCACUUGAUACAGAUGCUGUAUUAUGUGAAAGAUCCAGAGGCCACUGUCUCAUUUUUCCGGAGUCUUUUAGAUAAAGAUGGAAAACUCUUAAUCAGUCUGGUGUCAGGUGAGGGUGGAUGGGUGACAUUAUUCAAGACCUACCGAACUGCUCUCUGUAACCCUGAGAUCAGCCAGUCUGUCAAUAUGGGAGAUAUAAAGACCUUCUUGGAUACCAAGGACAUCCCAUACACUAAAUAUGUGCUUCAGUCCCAUAUGGACAUCACAGAGUGUUUCACAGAGGGAGAUGAGGUCGGAGAACUGCUGUUGGAUUUCUUAACUGAGGUGGUAGAGUUCAGUAAGAACGCUCCUGAGGACCUGAAGAAAGGAGUGCUGGACUUACUGAGACAUCCAGACUGCAGUAAAGAGGUGGACGGCAGGAUAAUGUUCAACAGUAGCAUGGAUGUCAUAGUGGUUGAGCCGUAGCCCCAUUACUCCUUAAUAUCUGACUUGACCUCCAAAGGACUUUUGUGUUUAGCAUUCAUUUUCAUGCCAACACAGAAUGUAUCCUAUAUUUUUAAAUUUGAAUUCCUGUACCAAAAUUAAGGUGGUCUGGCUUAUCAUAACAUAUAAAACAUAAUAAACAGUAAUUGCAUA